CUUUUACCGGCUGGAAUGUAUUGACCGGCUUCAGAUUUAGCAACUCACUCCUAAAGCUGCCCUCCCUCCCCCAUCGCCUCCCAGUACCGCUCCACUUCCUCCCUCCCUCUUUCUCCCUGUCAUCCCUGGUUUCAUCUCGCCGUUGCUGUGCGGUCAGUCUGCCUCCGGCGUGGUGAGCGUAUUGACGGCCGCAUCAUUCCACCCUGCUGAGUUAUUGGGACAGUUACUUUUCUGUCUGUGUGUUGAAGCUGUCCCUGCAGCUGUCCGUGCACCUCAGUGCCUGUGCAUUGGGUGUUAUCCAGCCAAUUGUUAUUGACAGACUGUAUUAUCCAUUUUUUCUAUUUUAUUGAUAGCUUUUUUGUUUUGCCCAACCUCCCAGGGCGUGGAAAUCCAGAGAGGAUGUUCUCAUCUUCGUCCAGAAACUCUCUGUUCUCGCCCUGGUUGUCCAUGGAGCAGUCGGACUCUGAAGCGUUGGACAUCAGCACCAAGGUGCAGCUGCACGGGGUGCUGUGGAAGAGGCCCUUCGGACGGCCAUCGGCCAAGUGGUCCCGCAGAUUCUUCAUCAUCAAAGACAGCUUCCUGCUCUACUAUGCGGAGAGCGAGAGGAAAAACUUUGAGACCAACCGGUACUUGAACAUCCACCCCAAGGGGGUCAUUCCUUUGGGAGGAUGUGUGGUGUCAGCAAAUGAAAACAUGGGCAUGCCGUUCGCCAUCGUGGUCGACCUGGAAGACUUCACUGGCACCAUCGUCCUGGCCGCUGAGUCUGGGGAGGAGCAGGUCCAGUGGAUGGAGAUGCUGCAGGAGUCAGGGAAAGUCACGUGGAAGAACGCCCAGCUGGGGGAGGCCAUGAUCGAGAGUCUGGAGGCUCAGGGGCUGCAGCUGGCCAAGGAGAAGCAGGUGUAUCUGGAUAAACUGAUGGAAGAGACUGAGGAGCUCGGUCAUCAGAGAGCACAGAGAGAGGAGCUGGAGCGUCUGAACCAGGUUCUGGAGGAGGAGAAGCUGAAGUUUGAGGAGGUGGUGGUGGAGCUGAAGGCGGAGCAGGAGCAUAUCAAACUAGACCUGGACGGCACGGCUCAGUCCCUGAAAGGUGUUGAGAGUGAAAAAGAAGAGCUGAGCAGUUUAACCGUCAUGCUGCAGAAAUCCAUCGAGGAGCUCUCUCAGGAGAAACAGAGAACUCUGGAGCUGCUGGGGGUGAAGGAGCAGAAGGAGACCGCGACGGCGGGGGGGAGCUCAGCCUGCAGGGAGCCCGAGGUCGGAGAGGAUCUCGGAGAAGUGCACCUGCUGCAGGACCUGAAACACAUCGAGGAGCAAAUGAAGAUCCUGCUGAAGGAGAAGGAGCAAGCUGUCAUCAAGCUCAGGGACAACGAUCAGCGGGCUCAUGUCCUGCAGCAGGAGAGGGAGUACUACUCUUCUCAGGCUCAGACGCUGCAGCAGUCGCUCUCUCAGCUCACUGUGGACAAACAGCAGACCGAGGCCGAGCUCAAGGCGGAGAUAGAGUCUCGGGUGGAGCUGGAGAAGAGACUGAAUUUGGCUGAACAGGCUCUGCAGGACCUGGAGAAAGGCCUGGACUCACUGGAGCGGACCAAAGAGACCGACGAGAAGAUGAAGGGCGGUGUGACUCAGCUGAGGAGAUUCUUUGAGGAGUGCAUCUGUGCAGCGGAGAUCGAGGCGAAGCUUCCAUCGAUAAUGAAGAACGCCGUGUAUCUGCACAAAGCUGCCGCACGCAGGAUCAAGAGCUGCCGCAUCCAGAGGAGAGCCUCCAGACGCCACUGGUUAAAGCACUCAAAGUCUUUUGCUGCAGCCAGUCCUAAUGACGACAGCAUGGAGGAGCUGCGAGAGACGGCCCGACGACUGACCUCUGACAGUGACUUCAGAGAGAGCGUGUACAAGAUCAUUGCUCGUAAGGACGCCACGAACAAAACAGAGGACUGAGAGGAGAGACAGCAUUGUUAAGGGGGGAGUGAGUGAUUUAGAGAUCCUCUAUGUUCCUCUUUCUUGUACACAGAAAUCUGUUAAAUGUCAUCAGCCCUUUUCCACCGAACAGUUCCAGAAACUAUGGAGCCAAAAGAGGAACUGUUUUUGCACAUUACUGUUUGUGGUCCUGUCGAACCUGAUAGAUAGAAGACCCGAUUUGAUUUAGCAAAAGAGUAAUUAUGAGUGUAAACUACAUGAACGUUAGAAACAUUGCACUAUAGUAGUGGGACUCUAGACUCCACCGGAUAAGAUAUGUUGUGAUGAUACUAUUACUAUUGAACAGAUAGCACACACAAUGCAAAUCCAUCUUGUAAAAUUGUUUUUAUUCUCCUGGUUUUGACUGUAUGCACAGAUUGUAUCAUUUACAUGAACAGAGGCUUUUUGAAAACUACUCGCCUAUUUGUGUUAAAUUGACCAUUUCAUUAUUGCUACAACUGAAAAUCUGUCCUUGACGCAGCAACUCAAUGUAAAUCACUGACAUAAGCAUUUUGGGAUAAUGUACAAAUUAUAACUUAACACCAGAAAUGAUACAGAAAAGAAGCCCACAUGUUAGGGUAAGGUGAGAGGGUUCAUAGGGACCGAACAACAUGCCUUGAUGCGAAUAAAGCUGUUUUUGAACCUUGUACAUGUCAUGUCAUUUAUGCAUCUAAAUAGAUAGCACUGUUAAUAGUUUCAAAUGAAAAAAAAAACUCUUGAUAUGGAUGUUUCCAUGAGAGGAAAGGUUUGGUGUUUUCCACUUGAUAAAGUUCAGUGUGGGAAGAGAAGGAGGAUUGUGGGUUACAUCACCAGCUU